CGCAGGGGUGCGGCACAGCACCUUCCUUUAGUUUUCACUUACGACAGUCGUCACGUCACCUUCUUCCACCUUCUCGAUGUGGCUUCAACCACAGAGCGAUUGAUCGUACAUUGCUCCGAGGUGCACAGCAUGCCGACUCCUAAGCGGGGACGGGAGUCGCCCGCUAACGACACGGAUCAGUCACCGGCGAAACGUCACGCUAAUGAGCCAACGGUGCCACAACCUCAGGAUGGCGAUUUCCAAAUCCAGAACAAGUUCAAGAACCACUAUGAAUUCGAUUGGGUCAAGAUUGUGCAUGGCUUCGUCCAGAAGCCCAAGCAAACCCACAAAGAUGCGGUGGCACAUUCCGACGCAGACUCAGACUCAAGUUCUGACGACUCCGAAGAAGAAUUUGACGAACACACAGACCCAGAGGAUGCGAUCGGUCGAUGCGACGCCCUGCUCAUUAAGAACCAUCGUAUCAAUUUUUAUCACGACAUGGAAGAACCUUCGGAGGGGACGUCGGCACUUGCAUUUGAGCUGUUCGAUAGAUAUGGAAGGCUGAGACCCGAGUUCAAGGAACACCCGAUCAAGAAAGGGUCCGGCAUAUGGAAGGAUGAGCUUGACAGCGGGCCCAUCUUCCUGAUCGAAAAUAUUCUCAUCGACAAGCCGUAUCGACGCCGCGGCAUAGGCCGAAAGAUGGUGGCGGCCGCUUUGGAAGAGAUGCGGUCAAAGUCGAAGCCGUUUGUUGCAUUGACCAAACCCGGCGCCAUCCGUCGCGACUACGAAAAGCUGAAGGAAAACCUGACAGGUGAAGAGAGGAAGUGGUUUUUCGCCGAGGAGUUGCGCGUGGCAAUAGCAUUCUGGCGCUCUGUGGGAUUCAGGAGGAUAGGGUCAUCCGGUUGGUUCGGUCUUGCAAGCGCAGUGGACCAUCCUUGUCACAGUCUCUCCGCAUCAGAGGACUACGACCCACCCGUACCCCCAAAUCGAAUGCUUUAUCCUGCUAUGGGAUCCUUACUGGCUGAUAUUGCGGCCAUGGAAGACAACGAGGCCCUCGAAAGAGUCAAGCAAGCAUUCCGGGAUGCUCCGAUCCCCCCAAAUCAAACAUGCGAUCCUGCGAUGGAAUCGUUGCUGAUUGAUAUUGCGACCAAGGAGGACAAUGAGUGCGUCGAGAAGCUUCAACAGGUGUUUGAGCACUUGCCCAUCAACGAUCCACGCUGUGAAGCAAGAGACGAUGACGGGAAUACAGUGCUGCACAUUGCGGCAAUCAAACUUAAGCCGAAGUCUGUAAAGUGGAUCAUGGAGCGAAACACACAGCUCAUCAGUACACGAAAUGGGGAGCAGGAGACCUCGCUAGAGGCCCUUCAGUCCCAACUUGAGAUCCAAAGGACAAGACGUGGGUCCAAUUACUUGAGCGCUAUCGUGCCAGUAUCAGACCAGUUCGAGGGUUUUACCGAGGAAAUGCUCGCCUGUCUCUGCCUUCUUAACGGCCAGACCAACCUUUCGAGCAUUGCACUCCGGCGCCUUACCUUCGGUUGUACGUGCGGGCAAUGUAUUGAAGGCUUUCUGAGUCCACGAAUGCGCUAUGCGCUGUUGUGCCAGGCGGAGUUUAACCACGAUUUGUUGCGCGAUGAACUCGAGUUCCAGUCGGGCGACCGAUUUGUCAAGUGGAAUGAGGAUAGUAUCCUUCGUCAUGUUCCGCAUCCCGUACGCGAAAAUAUGAAGACAAACAAGUCCAUGCGAGGGGGUUUCGCCGACUUAUGCAACCACUUCGCUGCAUGCCUGAGGGGCAACAAACUACCAAUCACAACCAACGUCCUCGAUGCAUUGCAGAAUGCAAACGAGUGGCCCCCUACGUCGAGGACUUUUCUGCAGAGAGGAGGCACUGUGGAAUCAGUUGGAUCAAUGCUGUUCGAGUCGGCAAUGCAACAAGACGAGCUUGCAGGAGACGGCGAACACCUAGAGCUAUUUGGGGACGAGAUCAAGGCGUUGCCAGAGUGCCGAAAUGACCACGAGUUCGGUUUUGUGAGUGGCAUGUGUGGAUACAAGCGGGUGUCCCAUAUUCGCUUUGUUUCGAUGAUGGGCGAGCCACUCGAUGAUUACUAACGACGAAAACUUCUCGUCUUCGAGGCGAAUCGAUGGAGUAUGUGCAGAUGGCGCGAGACACCAAAGUCGACAAAGUUCUGAUCAGAGGGGAUUGUAGCUAUUGUGGUUGCAAAAUUAGUUUUGAAUGAACAGCUUCAUUUGUUGGUGGGUGGUCCACUUCCAGGGUCGGCGGAGCCGGGAUCGUUGUAUGUCUUGUUGUUGAAGACCGUGGGCUCUUGUAGGGCGAUGAUGUGAUGGCGCUGUGGGUGCAGC